AUCAAAAACGGGAUCGUCUUUAGUUUCGGCAUUUGCGAGUGGGGACCAACCCCUCAAGUCCUGAUAUGUCUGUCACGCUCAAGCUUCGGUGCUCGCCACCAUAUAUAAAAUCCUGAUGGGCUCUCUCGCUUCGAUAUCCUGCAGCCCCGUGGCCACCUUCUCUUCCCUUCCUUGCGUUUGCCGUUCCGCGAGCGACUGGUGAGUUGCUCACGACCCAUCACCAACCCGCGCCCCAGCCUCUGCCCCCUCCGUUCGGCAUCUCUCCCUUCUCCUCUCUCCCUUUCCACGCACCGCGGAUGCUAGAGGACCACCGGGACGACAAGUUCGGCGUAACCUAGCGGCUGCUUCCAUGCCUGACCGCGAGUUUGUGGAGCUGGUGUGGGAAAAUGGCACGAUCGCGAUGAGAGGAAGCUCUCCGCCGAGCAGAUGCAUCGCCUCCCGCCGCUCUGACUACGGCAAAGUGGCUUACAAGGCUCCUGACCCGGGCAACCGUGUGAAGAAUCCCUUACCUGGUGACCUCUAUCUGCGGGACGUUGCACACCGCAAUGGCGUGGACCCUUCUGCUCGAGGCAAUGCUAACGAUGAUGACCUAGCUGCUCCUGAUGAUAAGAAUAAGACAUGCGCGGCAGAUGCUGCUUCCAAACAUGGAGAUGCGGAUCAUCCGGUGUCAUCGAGAAACGAGUCCUUGUUCAUCAGGAAAUUCUCUUGCCCUAAUGAGACUCGCGAAGGCGGUAAUCAUUGCCCGCCCUGGUCUCCCAUGCGGCAAGGCCGAGAUUCUUCUCAGUUCGUGGGAUUAGGAUUAUGUCCGAUCCCUCAUCCGUCGCCGGGCGAUCACUGCUCAUCCAACGCAAUGGUGUUGAGGGAGCCCAAUUCUCUUGGCAAGCCCAGCAACGCGAACUUUUCCUUCUUCCUACGGCAGCCUGUCGUCCUCGGGGCUAACAAGAGACUCGCAUCCGAAUUGCCAAUGAGAUUACCAACCGAUGAAGAUCUCCCCCGUGCAAAGAUAAAAACAGACAAGAGAGCAGGCACCGGAGAUGCCCGACAGGCGCCAUUGACUGAGCCAGCAGCGGCUUUUGGAAGACGAACGGAUUUAGUGGAUGAUAAGGCGAAGCCAAUGUUCACAGACGAUAAGACUUCAGGAAAUGCUUUUCCUGAUGAACACUCUCAAGUCCUUGGCGGAGAAGACAAUUCCCUUAGAAACAGAAAAUCUAACGAUCAGUGCUGGGAUCCGUCAUCGACCAUAGCAGCAACUGCUAUAGAUAAAACAAUGCUGGGUGAGCGACAACCUUGCGACCCAACACCGGUUGCAUCUUCUUCUGUGUGCUCGCGAGAAGCUUCCAACCAUGUAGCAGGUCCACUGAAGAGGAAGCACGAAGACGCCGAAUCGAUAUAUCCAGGUGAGGAUGAGGAUGAUGAAACAGAAAAGGUGAAACGGAAAGUACGAAGAAGAACAACAAUUCACAAUCUAUCAGAAAGAAGACGCAGAGACAGAAUCAAUAAGAGAAUGCGCGCCUUGCAAGAACUUCUGCCAAAUUGCGACAAGGUGGAUAAAGCUUCAGUCCUGGAUGAGGUGAUCGAGUAUCUAAAGACCCUUCAGGGUCAAUUACAGAUCAUGUCAACCAGGUCGCCGCUUUUCAUGCCUCCAAUGAUGUUGGCCUCAGGUGUUCAUAAUAUGCACGCACCACAUAUGAGACAAUUCCCACUAGGAAUGGGUAUGAGAAUGGGCGCAGGAGCCGAUUGCGGCCCAUUUCAGCUCCCAAUCCCACCUCUUUCCGGAGCCACCUCUUUGCCUCAGAGUAAUGGAACCGGCAUACCUAUGUUUGGAGUCCAGCCAAUUCCAUAUUUGCCUUUCAUGCCGACCUUAACGCAACCAAUCCCAGCUGUGGAUGUCUCUGGAACAACCACUGCAUUUGAACAUGGGGAAUCUGCAGACCCUUCUGGCAAUUGCGAUGUAAUCCAGAACAAGAAAUUCUGAGAAGCUGGAGGUCGUGUAGCGGGUGCCGGUAAAUACUUUUCUAGUGGCAUUUACCCUGUGGACAAUGUCUUAAUUUCCUCCAAGCAACAUUGUACAUGCGGGAAAUCAGAGGUCUCUCAAAAGCUAAACUCUGCUCAUUUUGUUCCAAAUGAGAAUGCCAACUUUGAAGUACGGAGGAGGGGAGAAUUUGAAAGAAGUAGCAUUAACAACAUUCCUUUUCCAAAAUGAUCAUUCACCACUUGUGUAUAUGAGCUGUCUACUGGUUAGCUAGUUCGAUGGUCCGACAAAAGGAAAAACUUUCAUGUAAUCAAUAUUCUUCCCAAGGAAAAAAAAUCAGAAGCUACAGAUCUUUGCUA